AUGGACGCAACGAAAGCAGCAAUAAUGAUAUUGCUAGCAGUUGUGCUGUUGCAUGCUCAAAUGUCAAGCUCACAGCCGCCGCCGGUUGAGCCGCACCCCUAUUGCGGGCCAUUGGUCGUCGGCGGGGAAUGGGGUCAAUGCGACCCCGGCAGCUGCUGCAGUGGUUCGGGUUACUACGGAGGAGGAGGAGGAGACUCGAGGAGGAGGAGGAUCGGAGGAGGGGUAGAAGUACUGGCCCGUCGUCUCGAUAACGCGACGAUCGACCAGUACUACCUGGAUCGCAAGAUCACCACCGACGACCACGACGAUGUUGUUGUUGAUCGUCACAUCGUGACUGCUGCUGCUACAGUCGCUGCAGCAGCAGCAACAAGCGCUUCUUUAUCGUCUUCGUCUGUGACGACCGCGAUAUCAUGUGGUCUUUUCUUAUUGUCUCGCAUGCCGCUGGCUGCCCGUCGGAGGUAUCCUUGGGCGGCUCUCGGAGCCCGUGCUCGUCAAGUGAUGGUGCGGGUUGUUCACAUACCGAACAUCGAGGGGAUUGCAUUGGACACCAAUACGUUCCGUCGAUUGGGCGGCGAUGAUGGUCGUGAAAGCAGAGGUUACAAUGAUCUUGUGGUGAAGUAUCAGUUCGAGAAUUGCUGA